AUGUAUUAUGUGGAUUCAAGUCUCAAUCAUUUCUAUUGGUCCUUCUACCAAUACGUUAUGGAAUUCUCAUCCAAAGUACCUUCCCAGUGGACUUUUAUUGGAGAUGACCAAACUUAUUUAAUAGUUCCGAACCUUCGAAAUGUACUUCAUAAUUUUGAUUCUGAAAAACCAGUGGUGCUGGGGAAAGUUCGAGAUACUAGUACUUUCUUCUCGUGGCUCUUCCCGCUUAGUAGUUUCAAGAAGAUUUCUGUUCGUGGUGGUAUCGUGUUUUCGAAUUCAGCAAUUGACAAACUUUCGGCUUGCAAAGGAUUUUUCUUUGCACGGGCUUCCGAUUACGCUCUUUAUGACUGUAGUGAUAGUCACAAUGUUCAAAUCGCUGACCCAUUUGAUGAAGAUGCUCUUCGAUUGUUCAAUGAUCUUCCACCCAAACAAAUAAUUGCUCCAGAUUCGAAACUUUUCCGCACUAGUUCAAUGAAAGGAGGAAAGUGUUCGGAUCAUGCAGUUUCGUUUGGUCAACUUUCCGAGAAGGAUAUGCGAGUUCUUGAGUAUGGAAUGACGUUGAAGGUCUUCGGAAGAGGAGGUCUCGAAACUUCCGAAUCGAAUGAAACAACCACCACAUGA